CGGAAAGAGACGAAAACAGUAGGAGGUGGAAACUCCACAGUAUUAGCAUUGGUGAACAUAUCAAAGUGAAGCUGAGUUAGGAUCUGUCCUUGAUACUGACUGUAAAACACAUCAGCAGUUACAGCGCGUAAAAGCUGCAAGCUGCUUUUACUGGAAUCGAGUCUUUGCAGUUUAUGAAUUGGCUUCAGGAGCGAGAGAAUCGUUGGUGCAGAAGAGAGGCUUCACAAUGCAUUGGCUAAGUAUCUGCCUCAAGGGAGAGGAUGCUAAUACACAUGCUGGGUAUUUUCAGUGCUUGGAAACUUCACUCAUUCACAUGUGGUGAUGUAUGCUGCUUCACUGUCAGUCAAAGAGGAGCUGGUCAAGUUUAACACAAUGCAGCUGCUGCAAAAACUGCUUCACUGAGAUGGAAUGAUUCCCAGCCGCCAAGUCUAACCGCACUCGGGUUGAAGUUAGGGAGAAGGGGCAUGGCCAAACCCUUUGUCAGACUACAGCGAUUUCUCCGACGGACACCCAUACUCUUUGUUUUCCUCAUUGUCGCUUACUUUAUGGCUGGCAGCUUGCUGCUACUGCAGCGGUCGAGAUUCUCCAUCCCUCUGGGCCAGCGCAGUGCCUCCGAUGGACUGGGAGCGCCAGCUUCUGCCUCAGCUGCCAUAGAGAACUAUGCUCCUGAUACAGAAGGGAUGUACAAGAUGAAAUACAAGUCCAGAAUGCCUGUAAGCAUGCAGAUGUGGGAUGAGCCAGUUCCUAAUAGGAAAUUUGGGCCACGAUGGCUGAUUUCAGGACAUCCAGAAAUUGGACAUUUGAGAAGGAGGUGGUUUAACAGCUUUGUGAAGGAACAAGAACCAAGGCUACAAUUGGAGAUCGGAACGGUGAAGAAGACUGUUGGAAGCAAAGCAACACACAUAGGAUGCUUCAGAGAUGAACUGAAGGAGAAGGCUCUGAAAGGAGCGGUGUUUUAUGACUUCCGUAAAAUGACGGUUUCACAGUGUCAAGACAGUUGUGCAGAAAGAGGUUACCUUUAUGCUGGUUUGGAAUAUGGCGCAGAAUGUUACUGUGGAAAUCGAGUGACCUCCGCCAGUGCAAAGCAGGGUGAUUGCAACAUGGAGUGUAAAGGGGAGAAGCACACAAUCUGUGGUGGUGUUAAUCGACUGUCGGUGUACAAAGUAGAAGACCUUCGACCAAGCAGCAAACGAUAUAGGAAUGUUCUCUAUCGAGGAUGUUUCAAGGUACCUGCGAAUCUAACAGAAACCUUCCCCGUCUAUUCGAUCCAGCCUAACCUGACUGUUGUUAAAUGCACUGAGUUCUGUACUAAAAAGGAAUUUCCCCUCGUUGUCAUCAGAAGAACAGAAUGUUACUGUGGAUUUGCCACAACUCACUUCACGCUUCAUGACAUUGUGAACGACCAGCUCUGUGGGAGGCUGUCAAGUGACACGACAACAGAGUUCUUAGGAGAUGAGAAUUACUGUGUUAUCUACCAGACUCCUGUUCAAGACACCAGAUGUACUGACAGGAAAUUUCUGCCCACCAAAACAAAGGCAAUGGUUGCUCUCUCUAGUUUCCCAGGUGCUGGGAAUACAUGGGCCCGCCAUUUGAUAGAACACAGCACUGGAUUCUACACUGGAAGCUAUUAUUUUGAUGGGACCCUUUAUAACAAAGGUUUCAAAGGGGAAAAGGACUACUGGAAAAGUGGCCGAACUAUCUGUAUAAAAACUCACGAGAGCGGGAAGAGAGAAAUCGAAACAUUUGAUGCAGCCAUUUUAUUGAUCAGAAACCCCUACAAAGCUUUGAUGGCAGAAUUCAAUAGAAAGCGUGCUGGCCACUUGGGGUAUGCAUCAGAACGCCACUGGAAAAGCAAAGAAUGGCCAGAAUUUGUAAACACCUAUGCGUCCUGGUGGGCCUCCCAUACACUGGAUUGGUUGAAGUACUGCAGUCGUGUGCUAGUGAUUCACUACGAAGACUUGAAGAGAAAUCUCCUUCCAGAGUUGAAGCGUAUGGUUGAGUUCCUGAAUGUCACAGUGUCAGAUGACAGACUGUUGUGUGUCGAAACCCAGAAAGAUGGAAACUUCAAACGAUCCGGCCUGCGGCAGAGAGAUUUUGAUCCGUUCACAUUAGAGAUGAAAAAUAUCAUUAACAGUUACAUCAGAAUGGUGGACGAAGCUCUUAAAAAGAAAAAUCUCACAGGACUACCUGAGGAGUAUGUUCCUGGAUGAUGGAGCCAAUGAGGGAAUCUAAACAACGGCUAUCUGAUGAAGAGGGAGAACCACAUUCAGAACCCAUGAGCCACAGACCACUUAAAGAUGAGAAAAAGAAAGGAAAAUGCAGUGAUGUGCUGGAAAUUUGAAACAAAAUAGCAUGAAAAAUGCUGCAGCAUUCCAGGCAGCAUCUGUGAAAUGACAAACAAGAGCUAAUGUUUCUGUUCAAUUGAUUGAUUAAUAGCAGAGGUUCUUAAAACUGUUCAAUAUUUAUUAGUCUGAUGACCUGAAAUGUUAAUGCUUCACUCUCUGGAGACAUGUACUGAGAAUUUCCUGCAUUUCGUGUUUUUAGCUUGGCAAAGAGAGUACUAUUAUGAUUAAGCAUGGUAUUCCAUUGAUCAAUGGCAUAGGGAAAUUCUAGCACUUUGUGCUUUAUAUCAAAAUUGAUCUUUUAAAGAGAUUGUUCAUACAAAUAGUGAAAUUGAAGCACAUCUAGGAACCGUUUGCCUUGACCUGUUGCAUUAUGAACCCAGCUUAGAAUUCACAGGAGGGGGAGCUUCUCUCUGCCCCGGGCUUCAGCAUCGAAUUUACAGCUCAGUUGCAAAAUGAUUUUGUUUUGCAUCAACACUGAACUCACUGCCUCUACCCACUGGAAGCAAGAUAGCAGUGAGUUGUAAACACAAUUGCUUCAUGUACCAAUUAGACCCAUUCCGUCCUGGGCUGGCCAUCACCAAUUUGGUCAGAUACAAUCAAUGUUGAAAUCGAUUAAGAAUUGCUAUCUUCAUUUUUUAGUGUUUAUGUGAAUAUAUCCAGCAGUAAUACAACAUGCUUGCAUUACUUUUGCAAUGAUCAUAUUAGGGGUUUAAAAUAAUAUGAUACUGUAUUAGAGACAUACAAUACAGAUAUGGGACCUUUGGCCCACAGUGUCCAUGGAAACAUCAAAUAGGAGCUGGAGUUGGCCAUCUGGCCCAUCAAGCCUGCUCUGCCGUUCAGCGAGAUCAUACCUGAUCUGGCCACGGACUCGGUUCCACCUACCUGACUUUUCCCCAGAACUCGUAAUUCCUCUACUAUACAAAAGUUGAUUUCACUAUGUCUUAACUAUAUUCAGUGAGGUAGCCUCUAAUGCUUCCUUGGGCAGAGGAUUCCACUGGUUCACUACUCUCUGGGAAAAGCAUUUUAAAGUCAUGAAUCACCACAGAACAAAAAAAAAAAGACCCUUUGGCCCAUCUAGCCAGUGCCAAACUGUUAUUCAGCCUAAUCCAAUCAAUCCGCACCUGGAAUAAGCCUCCUGUCUAUGUUCUUAUUCAAGCUUCUCUUUAAUGUUGCAUCCUCCACUUCUACUGGCAGCUUGUUUACACUCACACCACUCUCUGAGUGAAGAAGUUCCCCUGAAAUACUUCACCUUUCACCUUGAACUAUGACCUCUUAAUUAUAGCCUCACCCAACCUCAAUGGAGAAAGUCUGCUUGUAUUUAUCCUAUCAGUGCGUCUCAUAGUUUUGGAUACUUUUUUUCAAAUCUCCCUUCAUUCUCCUCGCUCCAGGGAAUAAAGUUGUAACCUAUUCAACUUUUCUGUAUAGCUCUGGUUCUCAAGUCCUAGCAACAUCCUUGUACAAAUUUUCUCUGUACUCUUUCCAUCUUAUUAAUAUCUUUCCUGUAGUUAGGUGACCAGAACUGUAUACAAUUCUCCAAAUUUGGCCUCACUAAUGUGUUAUGCACUUUGAAAUAGCAUCCCAACUCCUGUGCUCAGUACUUUGAUUUAUGAAGUCCAUUGUGCCAAAAGCUCUCUUAACCACCCUACCUACCUGUGACACCACUUCCAAGGAAUUAUGUAUUUGUAAUCCCAAGGCCCUUUUGUUGUUCUACACUCCUGUGCCCUUCUGUUCACUGUGUAUAACCUACCUGGUCUGUCCUCCCAAAGUGUAACACCUCACACUUGACUGAAUUAGCUUUGUGGCCUUACUCACUGUCCACUAUGACCCAAUCUAGGCAUAAUCUUCAAAUUUGCUCUUCCAGUUUACCUCAUUGUCGUUCAAAUAAUAAAAACAGCAAACAACAACAGUACUGAAUCCUGAGGCACAUCACUAGUCACAGGCCUCCAUCAGAGAGACAGAUAUCUACAACCACUCUCUAGUUUCUCUCGCUAAGCUAAUGUUGAAUCCAAUUUCUUACUUCAUCCUGAAUGUCAAGCAAUUGAACCUUCUAGACCAUCCUCCCAUGCGGGAUUCCUGGCUCCUGCAAGUGAAACUCUCAAAACAGUAAGAAGGAGAAACCUACUAGAAAUUCAUCUUAGCUUCUGCUUCUUCAUGUCCUUAAGUUCACCACGCUAACCCUGUAACAAUGGCUACUUCCACGAUGUGCACUCUGUUUAAACCUUAAACUCUUCUUUUAUUAAAACUCACAAACAACGAGACUUGUUCUUUUCAAUACUUCCCACUUCCAUUCAUGAUCCUCCAAAGUAUCUAUUUAUACCAUUCAAAUUUACUAUCACUUCUUCCCUAGCCAUCUAUACCUUGGCAAUUCAAGUGCUCUUCCAGAUACUUUUAAAUGCAAGUAAGAUAGAAAAGGUGAAGAUCAAGACCGAGCCAUUGGGCUCCCCAUAAUGUCAGAAAAUACACAGCCUCUGUUCACUUAGAUAACUUUAAAUUUAAUUUUAAAUUUCAUAGCAUUACACUUUAAUCUAAUCAUAUGGGAUUCUUCUGCCUUACUACAAAUGAUUGAAGUCUGCAUAUGAUCAUAAGAGUGUGAUCAAAGUUUCCACAAUCACUAUCAAUCCAUCUCUGUUAGUAAUAGAAGAAUGUAGAGAAAGUUAUAUGAUCUCUAUCAUACUAGGUUGUUAAAUUGCCUUGAUCUGUCACUAAAAACAAUAAUUGGGACAAGGGUGAAAGACAAAACAUAUGAGAAACUUGCACAGGCCUAUUGCUGCAAGUACAGUAGGACUGAAUCAAACUUGUCAUAGCCUCGGUGAGUUCUGACCUUUGAUGCUGUCUGUGUGCAGUUUGCACGUUCUUCCAAUGAUUGUAUGGGUUUAGAACAUUUAAAAGAUGUGCUGGUUGUUAGAUGAAUUGGCUGCUGCAAAUUGCCAAUGGCAUAGAUGGUUGUUUAGGAAUCAGGGAAGUGAAGGACAGCAAUGGGGGUGUGUGAGAGAAUAGAUUACAGGAAGAUGAGUGGGUGAAUGGAUCUAAUGGCUGUGAGAACCAGCAUUGUCUCACUAGACUGGGUAUCCUUCUGUAUCACAGGUAAAUAUAAGUGGCAACAUUAAGCUUUUUCAUUCACAAUAAGUUAUGAUUUGUUGAUCAAUUAGCACCUUUUGCUGAUGUGUAAUCUUUCAAGGAUAAGCACUCAUUUUUAGUGUAUUACAUUUUGCCAUCCCAACUUAAAAUAAAUAGAUAAAAUAUGAAAAAGAAUUAGAAGUAUUUAAAUUGAUUUGGUGAAGAGGUUUCAAACAUAAAUAUUAAAUCUGUUUCUCCCUGUGCAGAUGGAGUAUGAUUUGCUGAGGUUCUGCAGCAUAUUCAGAUUACCAUACUAUUUUGCCCUCAUUUGUAUGAUCAUAGAUCAUACAACCUCGCUUGUUCAGCAUUUUCUGAUUUUCCUGUCAAGAUGCAAUAUUUUUCCUUUGUUUUACAGAAAUCCUAUCAGUAUUAAUGCAGUAUUAAUAAGAAAAAAAAAUCAGUCAAGCUAAAACUUGGCCUUCUGAUGCUAAAUCAGCAGCCUAUAUUAUAGCUCUCCUAAUGUUGUUAAUGGAAAUCCAAGUUUUACAUAAUUACACAGUCAUGAUCUAUCCCAUAAAUAAAACAUUCUGAUCUGGGUAAGUUUUUGAUCUCAUUCAUGAGGGCAAGAGAUGUUAUAAUUAAUUUCAGUAUAUGUGAGAGUAGUCGAAGACCAUGCUUCUCGCAUUUCUAUUGGAGGAGCCAUGGCAUAUAUUGUACACAUAAGGAUUAAAAGCAUUUAAAUUGAAGCAAAAUGCACUGUACCUGUUAAGCAGAAUUUAUGAAGAUUUCAAUCAUAAACUUAAAACAUUAAAUAAGUUGCUGUCUGUACAAUUAGAGUCUGAUUCAAAUAUUCUGCACCAUUUUAAGUCAGUAUUUCAGAUUACCACAUUAUUUUGCCCUUAUUGUAUUUGUAUAAGAUUAAAAUUGAUCUUGGUACAGAUGCCCUACUUUAGUAGUUUCAUAUGUGGGUUGUGGAACUUCAGUGAGGUACUGAGGUGUACAGGGCCCAGAGACCUGGCAUCACAAGAACACCACUAUGAAGUGGGGAACAGAGUUAUCAUGAUGGGUCACUAAUUUAAUUUAUGAUAUUAAAUGUAUAAUUCAAUAUGAAAGAAAACAUUGCAUUGAGGUCUGUGCUUUCAAAGUGAUUUAGGUAAAUAGAAAAUCAACUGUUUUGAUCUGGUAAGUCAGAGAUAUUUUGGAUUGUUACUGUAUAUUUUUGUGGAAAAAAAUGGUUAGAAAUAGCUCAUUGAUUAUAUGAAAUAAAGAUCUAUCUGAAUAUGUGAAAUGGUUCUAACAUUGGUAUUUUAAUAGUUUAAAUGUGCUGAAGGUUACAGUUCCUGUAAGAUGACGAACAUUGCAUUUAUCCUUUUGUAUCAACAGAAUUUAUUUUUGUACAAAGCACUUUUGUAUAGCAGCUUUGAAUCAUGUAUGACCAAUGUAGAAAUAAACAUUUU